GUAUUGAGUUCCCCGGCUGACCUGCCUCUCCCAGCGUCUGGGGAAAUGCCGGCGUUGGCAACCGCUGCUUAGCGCUAUAAACAUGGACUCACCAGAACGCCGCACGUUCAGAGGAGGACUUCAUCUCUUCUAAAGGCGUCGGGCUGAACAGUUUCAGGAGUUACCACGGCCACCCUGCAGUGGUCAGACCGCGGUGAAAAUGAAGCCUCAGGAAACACAGCUCAUUGCUGAACUCUCUGAGCUGCAGGCCAUGGUGGCAGAGCUGAAGGCGGGGUUCUCCAGCGCCCUGCUGGAGCUGAGCCACAUCCAGCAGGAGGACGCCCUCCUCCGGGAGGACCUGGAGCAGACCAGGCAGCACUGCGACCGGGAGACCCUCCAGCUUCGAGCCCUGGUGGGCUCUCUGAAGACAGAUCUGCAGGAGGUGCGUGCCCAGGUUUCUCAGCUCCACAAGGACCAGCAGAAGCCACAGCAGGCAGACGGGAGGAAGGGUCUGGGAUCGACUCAAACGCCGGGGAACAGCUGUGCCUGCCAAGCCUGUGGAGGGUCACAGAGUGACGGCACAGCCCCAUCCCCCACACAACCUGCCAGCCUCCUCCUCCACUGCUACCUGCAGGGGCUCCGGUCAGGGCUCUGCCCAGUUACAGAAGAUCCUGUUCCUCACGAGCCUUUCCUCACGAGCCCCUGUAAUCCCAACAACCAGCAGGACUCUUCUGUUGAGGCCAAGAGGCAGCAGGUGGUCUUGGACCUGUUCCACUCAGAGCAGGAAUACCUCUCGACCCUCUUCCAGCUUUACGACAAGUACAAAACGCUGUCCGCUCUGCCAAAGAACCAGGAGACAUGUCAGGCGUUUGUUGGCCACCUGGAGCAGCUGUCACAGCACAGCUUGUUGUUCAGAAACACUCUGGAGGAUCGUCUGCACAGCAAACACUGGCAGGGCCUCGUGGGCGAUGUGUUUGCCAGACUCACUUGCCAAAAUGAGGGCACGUUUAUGGGUAUAUGCCUUGGAUAUGUGAGGAUGCUCCCGAUAGUACUUUCACAUUUUCACCAGUCAAACGGCAUAAGGCAAAGCCCCCAGGACAGUCUGCAGGGGAGGGUCUCUCAGCACGUGGCACCUGUGUCCAGGAUCCACAGCUACCUGACUCACAUACAGGACCUGCUUCAGUGGACAGGCAGUGACCACCCUGAUCACUACUGGCUCCAAGUGAGCAAAAGAGCCCUGCGGACCUUCCUGGACCAAUGUCAUCAGCUGCUGGAAGAGGGGGGUCCACAGGGCCACAGGGAGAAGGUGGGGUGUAGCAGCUCUACCCCUCCCGUGCGUCCUCUCUCGCCCUCCUGUCAGCGCAAUACCGGAAGCAAGGCCCUCACUCCCAGCGAGCACUGCGAGCCAGCCAGCGCAAACAGAAGUGAGCCAGACAGAAAUUCUGACAGUGCCAACAGCAUCCCAGCCUCAGCUCACCCUGGGAGCCGCUGUCCGAAUCCCCACGGCUCCGUGAGGAACAGCCACGGCCAAGCCAGGGUUCCCAGCCCUCCCCCACCGCCCCACCACUCCCCGGUGGACAGGAGGUUCCCCCGGGGUGCGUCAGACCCAGGCGGGGAGGAGAGAGGGAGCAGCCCGGCUUGGGCACCUCCUCCUGCUUUAGGAGCCCGGGGUCCUGGAUCUCACGACCUGAGGGGGAGCUUCGAGGACUGCGACACGGACCUGGACGAUUUAGGGGACACCUCCGUGUUCGACUACUCCUCGGUGACGUCGUGCAGCCCGGACGGCACCCUGGAGAUGAGGGAACGGCUUGCGCCCGGAGAGGGCUCUCUGUGUCUGGGGAAGCAGGUCCCCAGGGUGCCCCUUCACCCUCCUCCAGGGAGGCCCCAGACCCCCUACGAUGGCCAGCCGACUCCUGGGCCCAAAACCACAAAGAGCAACGGGGACAGCGCCUCACUGAUCUCCCCAGCACAGCCCCCACCUCUCAGGCCUUUCAGAUCCGCCUGGCCAGCCUCCUUUCAGCAGAGAGUUCACAGAGAUACAGAGACUUCAAGAGAAUACAAAAUGUCAAACGGCACAACGGCAAACCCAGGAAGACUGUGGGACCAGAGAGGCGCUCUGGGGAAAGGUGGCCUGAGGUCUGCUCUGGGCGUGGUCUUCUCCAGAGCUCAGCGGCGCGGCCCGCAGGUGAGCGGUCACACAGGUGCGUGGGAGGACAGCGAGGACAGCGAGGGGCCCUGCAGCACCGUGUGACUCUGCCGCCCCCUGCUGGCCCUCCGGCGCAACGCAGGCGGAAC